CCUUUUCUGUGCUUGGGGGUGGUUCUGGGGCCUCUGCGGCCCUUCGCGGGGAAGGCUGGGAAGAGGACGUCGGCGGAGUGGCUGGGGCUGCCUGGGCUCGGCGCUGUGAGGCGGGAGGUCGCUGAAGACCGGGAUCCUGCCAAGUGCCGGACGGCGUUCCUCCAGGAGCACCUUUGAGGAAAACAGGGUCUCUCUCUGAGGUCCGUACCCUGCCUCUUGUUGAAGUCUUAUAACAGGAUGUCGGCACAGUCAGUGGACCAAGAUUCAAUACUUAUCAUCCCAAAUCCAGAUGAAGAAGAAAAAAUCCUGAGAGUGAAACUAGAGGAGGAUCCUGACGGUGCAGAGGGAUCGAGCAUCUCCUGGAACCAUCUCCCCGACCCGGAGGUUUUCCGGCAGCGGUUCAGGCAGUUUGGCUACCAGGAUUCACCAGGACCCCGAGAGGCUGUGAGUCAGCUCCGAGAACUUUGCCGCCUGUGGCUCAGACCGGAGACACACACAAAGGAGCAGAUAUUGGAGCUGGUAGUGUUGGAGCAGUUUGUUGCCAUCCUACCCAAGGAGCUGCAGACUUGGGUUCGAGAACAUCACCCUGAGAAUGGAGAGGAGGCAGUGACCGUCCUAGAGGACUUGGAGAGUGAGCUCGAUGACCCCGGACAGCCGGUUUCUCUCCGCCGGCGGAAACGGGAAGUGCUUGUAGAAGAGGUAGCCUCUCCAGAAGACGCUCAGGGAUUACCAAGCUCCGAGCUUGAUGCUGUGGAGAACCAGCUCAAGUGGGCAUCCUGGGAACUCAACUCUCUGAGGCACUGUGAUGAUGAUGCUAGGACAGAAAAUGGAGCGCUGGCUCCAAAGCAGGAGAUUGCUUCAGCAGUAGCAUCUCAGGAAGUUCCUGGCACUCUUAAUAUAGGUGUUCCUCAGAUUUUUAAAUAUGGAGAAACCUGUUUUCCCAAGGGCAGGUUUGAAAGAAAGCGAAAUCCCUCCCGGAAGAAACAGCACAUAUGUGAUGAGUGCGGAAAGCACUUCAGUCAGGGCUCAGCCCUUAUCCUUCAUCAGAGAAUCCACAGCGGGGAGAAGCCGUACGGGUGUGUGGAGUGUGGGAAGGCCUUCAGCAGAAGCUCCAUACUCGUGCAGCACCAGAGAGUCCACACUGGAGAAAAACCGUACAAGUGUCUGCAGUGUGGGAAAGCCUUCAGCCAGAAUUCUGGGCUCAUUAACCAUCAGCGCAUCCACACUGGGGAGAAGCCUUACGAAUGUGUCCAGUGCGGGAAGUCCUAUAGCCAGAGCUCAAAUCUGUUUAGACAUCAGAGAAGACACAAUGCAGAGAAACUUUUGAAUGUUGUGAAGGUUUAAGAAAUUAGGAAGGAACAAUCAGCACUCAGGUCAUUUUCUUCAGAAAUGAAGACAAAAUUAAAAACAUGAAGUGACACAGAAAAGAGUUUUCCCUGUUGACUGAGAAAAUCCACUGGGAAGUUAAAAACAGAACUUCAUUCACCAUUAUUGUCUUGAAAGAAAUGGUGUUAUUCCUGCCUAGAGCUGAAGUUUUAAACAAUUCAGGUGUUAAUACCUAAAUUUUCCAUGUGAUGUUUAUAUUCUCUUCUCUUUUUUCUCCCCAACUAAUGAGCUACCUGAUUCUUUGUCCCUUUCUUAACAAUUUCCGUUUUCAGUCAGAUACUGUCUGUGUUGGUCAGUGGAGUGUUGUUUUGUAAAGGUCCACACCUUUCUAUUUUAAAAGGCAGCACAGGAAUUGUAAAGUCUGAAAGCCCAUCUUGAAACACUUAAAAACCAUCUUUGAAGGUUACCUGUUUCCUUUUGUUCAGUUUGAGUAUAUUUGAGAAAAUAGGAGAUAGAGGCUGGCCAAAGCCUCAAACUCAAAUGAGCCUUAACAUCUAAACUGAGUGAUGGUGGCAGAACUUCAAAGAGUGAAAGGGAGAAAUUGAGCAAGUGUUACAUUGAAAUGUGUCAGUUAAGUACAGUCAUCCUUCUGCAGGAAAACUCAAACCAAACUGACUUUACCUAACUUGUGGGUACUAAUUAAAACGGUUUUCCUGUGGAAAAGUAGGCUGUUGUUAAAGUGAUGGUAAGUAUAACACUAUGGAAGAAUUUGUAGUGAAUGCUGGUAUUCAAAGGCAAAUGUAAAAUUUAGGUAAUUAUGGCUUUUAGACUCAGAAAUCUAACUCAUCUUGCCCUCAUCCCAGUUAAGGACAGAACAUUCCUGACUGGGGGAGGGGUAACAAUAUCAGGUUUGCUAUUUUUAUUCCUUUGGUACAAAAGGGUUGAACACCAGGCUAAAACAGCCAUACAUUUAUUAUUAAACAUUUCUACCGACAAUGCACUGUGCUAGGUACUGUGAUCCUACCACAAGUAGGUAGGUAAUUGUUUCACUGUAAGUCCUAAGGGGUUUCCCCAUAGCAUUCCCAUGUCACCUCUGAGAGGCCCGGAGCUGUAGUUCUCUUACCUAUGUGUUGUGUUGGGAGGGAGGGCCGUCAGCUCAGAGAGCUAACUAGUCAGCUCUUAGCAUUCUUCAGAGGUGAGCUCAAGAUACACUCUUUUAGUUUGAAAGUUUAUGAAUCUUAAACAUUCAAUUUGUAGUAUCGUUGCGGUUUAACUACACGUUGAGUGGACCGUUCUACUUUAAGCAACUAGGGUAUUAAUAACUAGUUUAUUAGCUGUCAGAAUUGAUUUUUAAUUUACAGUCUUAACACAUUUUUUAAAAAUGUAUUAAGAGAAUACAUUUUAGUAAUAGGAUUCUGUAUGCCUUGGCUAAGAAUCCAAGUACUGUGGUUCUACUGUUCAGUGGAAAACUCUGGAAGUUAAAGCAUUAGGUAUGAGAAGAGACUUAUGUGAGACAGGCAUUACGUGGAAAACCAUCCAUGCAAGUGCACAGAUUUCAUAGCUCUAGUAAUUUGGGUUAUAUCUGGUG